UUCGUGAGUGCACCGCUAUCACAAAAUGGCUGCUGUAUAUCGAUGAAUAACAACAAUAUUGCUUGUUCCUACGUAGCGGCAGUUGUUGAACCAAAGCAAAGAACCAAGAACCGCCCUGAAGGGGAAUGCACUAGAGAAAAUUCAUGAUCUGGAUAUUUCUACUAUGACAAUCAAGCACAAAAGAAACUUUGCCAAAGUGCUGGUUCUCUUUUUAUUCAUCUGAAUGGCAUUCAGCACCAUUUUUAAGAAAGCCAGUAACUUACUGGGCUUAAGUGGAUCCGAUUCAUUGCGCCCCCCGCCUCUAGAUGGAGAGAUCAUCUACUGCAAGAACAACGUGUGUGUGCAUCCCCCAGCCUCCCUGCUCCUGGACACGGAGCAUCAUCCAGGCUACUUGACACUGAGAGCCCAGCAAAAUCAGGCAUCUCGACCAACGUUGAUUUUAACAUGGAUCCCGAACACCACUUUAAAGAAAAACCCUCACAGUAUUGAGAGCAGCCCUGUGAAGUCCCGAUCUGCUACACCUCGCAUCAGUCCCAGGCGAAAUCCAAAGCAAGAUUUUUCUAAAUCGGAUGAGUCGUUUACCCUCACCCCGUCCCCGUCGCCAAGUACUCAUGAUUCAUAUUCAGAAAAGUACCGUAAGAAGCGGAGCCAGGACUCCAACAGUGUCUGUUCAGAGACCUCCCUAGGUUCGAAAGAGGACGCUUUCAGUGCGGACAGCUCUCUCGUGAGUGAAGAUGCUGUUAGGGAGAGUGGGGUAAAACUGAGCUCGAGCUGCAAGUCGCAGACAGACUCUGGGAUUGGUGUUGAUGUGGCCUCUCAACAGCUGGCUUCUCAAUGUGCUUCUGUUGUGCCGCAGUCAAGGCCACCUCCACUGCCAUCCGUACCGGCGCAGUCAGGCUCACUCGAAGGCAAUCAUGUGCAGAAUAAUGAGAAAAAUGUGCAUUCUGGCUUGAAGCCGUCCCGAGUUGGAAUUCAUGUCAACGAUUUGAACAGUUGCGAGGGUAGCUCCUCGACAGAUUACAAGAAUAUUGGAGUGUCUGGUGGCUCGUCCGAUGACUUCACGUCAGAAGAAAAACUCAUUGCAAUGCUCAAUAGGAAUAAACUUCAUGCCAAAGUACGGGAUAAAGAUGCGACUGGCAUGAAGCCUGUCAGCAUCGAGAUCAAGGGAGACAGCCUGGUGGUGGUCACCGAGCAGCAAAACGGCCAGCCGGGCGCGUUCUCCCAGCACGGGCCGGCCACUGACCCAAACAUCAACCGCAACGAGAGCAAGUUUGAGACGAGCAGCUCCCAGUCCACGGACAUGGACACGACGAGCCUGAGCUCCGACUCCAACAACCAAAGCCCGUGUGGCGCCAACGUUCGGCCCUCCGCGGCCGGGGCAGCGGCCGUCAACGAGGACGGUGUUAACUACACGGACGGACUUCCAGCACCGCCCUCACAGAAUCCCAAGCAUCGGGUACCACUUGAUCUCCAGAUCCUGGAAUGCAACCGCCCGCCUCCCAACACGCCGGCCAUCACACCGGAUGUGAGUGUGACACAGGCCAAGUCCAGGACCUCUUCCAGCUCUUCCACGACAACCUCGGGGCCAGACUCAAGGCCCGUCUCUCCCUGCAGCUCCGAUGGAGGUUCGGUGCCAUUGUCUCCCAUCCAAGACUGGAGUGCUGACCAGCCCGGGUCACCCAACAGUUGCAGCUCUCCCAGCUUCACUCACAACUUGACCUUCCCCGAAAAUGCCAUGACAGCUUCCAGCUCAGGACCCAGGCGCUCGGCCAAGGAGCAGAUUUGUGGGGUUUUCUCGGUGGACUUGGGUGAGAUGCGGUCUCUACGCUUGUUCUACAAUGACGAGGCGUGCACCCAAGGCCAGGUGGUGAUAGCCAGCCGAGAGAGCCAGUACAAAAUCCUUCACUUUCACAAUGGAGGCCUGGACAAACUGGCGCAGAUAUUUGAUGACUGGAGCCUCUUCGCCCACGAGACUGACCAGAGUCAGCUUGGGGAAGGAGAUAAACCGUACCGGCAGUUCCUGGUGGUCAAACCUCACCUGACAGAUGAUCAGUGUCACCCAGAGGAGCAUUUAUACCCCAUUGUCACAGAGGAAGUGUGGCAAGAGCACAUGUUAGCUGACGGCAGUAUUGAAGACGUCUUCCAACUACGCAAGGCUAUAUUUUUUGGUGGCCUUGAACCAAGCAUUCGACAUGAGGUGUGGCCUUUCCUGCUGCACUAUUACCCUUUCAGCUCCACUAACGAGGAGAGGGAACGAAUCACCAACGACAAGUACAUCGAGUACCAGGACAUUCGUAAAGUUAGGGAGUCCAUGGAUCCAGAGACUCAGCAGCAGUUCUGGAGAAGUAUCCAGUGCAUCGUGGAGAAAGAUGUCAUCCGAACAGAUCGGUCUCAUCCGUAUUUCCGAGGAGAAAAUAACCCCAACAUAGAAGUGCUCAAAAACAUCCUGUUGAACUACGCGGUGGACAACCCCCUGAUGGGCUACACCCAGGGCAUGUCGGACCUGCUGGCGCCGGUGCUGGCCGCGGUCCAGCAGGAGUCCCAGGCCUACUGGUGCUUCUCCGGCCUCAUGACCCGCACCAUCUUUGUCAGUUCCCCCAAGGACAGCGACAUGGAUCAGCAGCUGAUUUUUCUCAGAGAACUACUCCGUGUGACGUUACCAAAGUUCCAUUAUCAUCUGAAGUUGUUGGGGCAAGAUGCGUUGGAACUGCUGUUUUGUCAUAGGUGGAUUUUACUCUGCUUUAAACGAGAGUUUUGUGAAGAUGAUGCACUUCGCAUCUGGGAAGCGUGUUGGGCUCGAUACCAGACAGAUUACUUCCACCUGUUUGUGUGUGUGGCUAUUGUGGCCAUCUACGGAGACGAUGUGGUGGAGCAGCGUCUUCCAGCUGAUGAAAUCCUCUUGCACUUUUCAAGUCUAGCCAUGCAUAUGAACGGGCAGCUGGUCCUGAAAAAGGCACGAGGACUCUUACAUGACUUCCGAAAAAGGCCAAAGAUUCCAUGCACCCUGUAUGGCUUGUGCUCACAAGUGAAUGCUGGGAUGUGGGACAGCGGCCACAACCCCACAGUGGAGUGCAUCUCACAUUUAGGGAACGAAGUGUGUCCCUACAACAGCACUCCCAGUUCGCCUGUGUAUGAAGAAUUUUGAAUGAGACCGAAAUUGGGAAAUUUACAGACGAAACCUGGCAAAUUUACAAGUGAUUACGCUUGACGUGCAUCCCCCCCAGCCCCAUUACCAGUACCGUACGCAUUUAGGUUUGAAUUUGAGUUUUAAUUUUAGUCAGAUUUAUUAUUACAACAGGUGGAAACAUCAGUUCUGCCAUAUGUAUGUUCUGGCAAGUAGGUAUAUUCUGUGACUAAAGGUGCACAGUAAUUGUUGUGUAAAGGUGAUGGAUCAAUUGUAAUGUUUUUAUCGUUCUCAUCUCUAAUUAUAUUUAAGCAAAUUUACAGCCUGCAUUUUGAAUACAUAAACCAAUAAUGGGUCAUGCAGAUUAUAAUCUUGCUAAAUAGUUUAUUUAAAUUUAAUAUUCUGACAUAUUUAGUUUUUAAAAGUUCUAUUUUAUUUUGUUUAUUUAUUAAAUUUUUUUGUUGUAAAUGACAUUCACGGGGGUUAAUUUUCUCUUUGGGCUCAAAGACAUUCCUGUGAAAGUUUAAUUAUGUAUUUUUGCUUUAAGUUUAUACACAUUCCUAUUUCACUGAGAGAAUUAUUUAUUGUGGGGAGUUUUCUGUUCCUAUCAAUUGAUUGUGUUGCACAUUGAUGAUCAUUUAAGUUGCCGCACCAAUCACAUUUAAAAAAAAGAUCUUUUGCCAAUGGGGAUUUGGCAUUUUCAAUUCCUGUUAGGGUUCUGUCUGGGUAAUGGGAAAUAGUACAAGGGGCAUACCAAAAGUUUUUAACCUGACAAUGAAGAAAUAAAGAGGAAAGCUGAAAUUUGGGGUGAAAGCCAACAAUCAUCUUCCUAGAAUACAUGUCAAUUUUGGGGAAUUUCCGAUUUCAGGUUUUACCACCAGCGCACUGAAAGUGAAUUGGGGGUAUGCUGUUCUCCUCUCUCUCUCUUGCCCUUUUUAACUCCCAGUGAAGCAUAGGCCAUCAACGACAUUACUCCAGCGAAGC